GAUCCAUCUCCUUCCCUCAGCUCUCCAACCUCUUUAUAAACCACCGCCCCCAGUACCUCUACCCUACCCCAUCAUCUGAUCCUUACCACAAAGCAAGACCUGAAAGCCACCACUCCACACCACCUUUGCCAUCUCCAAGAAAGAACCCAUCCUCUUCUGCUUCAAGAAGCCUUUUGAGCAGUUGAGCUUGAGUUUUCACCAUCCAUCACCAUGAUCCAAGAACUGCUCGGAGGGACAGCAAUGGACCAGCUGAAGAGCGUGAACGAUGGGAACCCGGCGUCUCUACCCAUGUUGCUGCAUCCCAUCGUCUCCAACCGGCCGUCUCCCACGUCGUCGUCGUCGACGUCGUCGCGCUCGUCCGCGCAGCAGCCGCAGCCGAAGUCGUCGUCGGCGACGUCGUCGCCCCAGGGCCAGGGGCAGGGGGCGGAGCAGGCGCCGCUGCGGUGCCCCCGGUGCAACUCCUCCAACACCAAGUUCUGCUACUACAACAACUACAACCUCACCCAGCCGCGCCACUUCUGCAAGACGUGCCGCCGGUACUGGACCAAGGGGGGCGCGCUCCGCAACGUCCCCAUCGGCGGCGGCUGCCGCAAGCCACGCCCCAUGCCGACGCCCGUCGCGAAGCCGGCGGUAUCCUGCAAGGCUGUGGGCGCCGCGCCGUCGCUCGGCCUCGGCAUGGGCAUGGGCGCCGGCCCCGUACCCUGGGCCUCCUCGCAGCAGGCGGCCGCCGCGCAGCUCAUGGCGCUCCUCAACAGCGCCAGGAGCGGGCAAGGCCACGGCGGCAGCAAUGUGCACAGGCUCCUUGGCCUCGACACCAUGGGCCACCUUCCCCUCCAGGUCCUGCAGGGCGCGGGCAAUGCGGCUGGUGCGGUACCAUCGCUGUGGCCGCAGGCCGCGCCGCGCCCGAUCCCUACACCGCCGCACAUGGACUCGCAGCUCGGCAUGGGGCCGCUGGGUCACCACGACGUGCUGUCAGGACUCGGGCUAAAGCUGCCACCGUCAUCGUCGGCACCGGCAGCAAGCUACUACAGCGACCAGCUCCACGCGGUGGUGAGCAACGCGGGGCGCUCCCACGAAUACGACGCCUCCGCCACGUCCCUGCCCUGCACCACCGCGGUGACCUCUCUCCCGCCGGCCGUAUCAAGCGUCUCUUCGGCGCUGAGCAGCGCCACGGUCGGGCUAGACGUCCCGCCAGUCUCCCUCGGCGCGCCCGAGAUGCAGUACUGGACCGGCCUGGCGGCGAUGUCCAUGGCGUGGCCGGACUUGCCCACCCCCAAUGGCGCGUUCCCAUGAUCGAGGCGAUCCCAUAGCUAGUACGUAAUCUGUAGCUCGAUCAGUUCAGUGUAGCUCGUGUGGGUUGGCUAUGUUUUGAGUGAGAACUCGGUGGAGGUUCAUUAGGGGUGUUUUAUUUACUGUUUUUUAUUUGAGUUCUAUGCGUAUUUGUUUUAUUUACCGUCGUUUUUGUUGAUCAGUGGGAGAAUGGGAGUAGCCUUUUCUUUUUACACGCCUCCCAGAGUACUGGCGAACACUACGGCCGACGAAGGUUUAAGGAGGAGUUAGGGUUUUAGAGUUCACCGACGAUUUCAGAGUUAGAGGGAGGCUUGGGGAGGUGAUUAGAUCGGCAGUGGGUGGUGAGGCGACGCUGGCGUAACUGAAGCCGUGGGCAGUAGGCAGGCGAUGGGAGGUGCUGCCGACAGGGGUGUGGAAAACAGAGUGGUUAGCAUGGCGUUGAGCGGUGGGUGCGGAUUCGGCGACGGGACGCUACCAGAGGCGGGGUGGUUGGCGGGGGGUUGAAGGUGUAGGGAGGUUGAAGAAGACACAAUG